UCUGUCCCGUCCCGUCCCGCGCGUGCGACUUUCCGCGCGGCGCCUGCAGCAGCCUCCGCACGUUGCCCUCGGGGAUCAUAGCAGGGGCGGCCCUGCCCACGCCGGCUCCCUGGGUCGGGCGCCGAGCUCCGCGCUGGGGCCGUCUGUGGCGUGGGCGCUGGCCCGGGGGAGGCAUGGUCUGAUCCGGAGCCCGGGCGCCGCGUUGGGUCCGUUCCGCCGGCUUCCUCCUCCUCUCGCUGUUGCCGCAGCAGCAGGCGGUGCUCGCUAUGGCGCGCCAGGUGUGAGAGAGGCGCUAGAAGAGGGUGGACGCUUGUGAGUGGAAGACGAGGUGUGAGUGUCCGUGACCGGUGGAGUGGAGGCCUGAUGUAAAUGCAAACAUGGAUGAAGAGGAAGCACUUAACUCUAUUAUGAAGGAUCUGGCCGCAUUGGGCAAAUGUGGGGGACUGCUGGACAGCAACAGGAACAAAACCAGCAUUCACUCCAACAAACAGCAACAAAUGUAUUCCUCACCUCCCUUUCAGCACAGGCUGUGAGCGGGCGGAGCACUGAUGAAGAAUCAGUCGCAUACUCCCUGCAUCUGAAAAGGAUAACUCCUGAAUGGCAGCGGAAUGCCAGGAUCAAGUUUGAAUAUGAUGGAGAGAAAAGGAUUCUCCAGUUUCCAAGACCAGUCAAAUUCAAAGAAGUGCUACAGAAAGUCAUGGAUGCUUUUGGACAGAUGAUGGAUUUGCACUAUGCAAACAAUGAGCUCCUGAUCCCACUGAAAUCCCAGGAAGACUUGGACCGAGCGGUGGAGCACUUGGACCUUAGCCCUUCUCUGAAGAGCCUGAGGGUGUUUGUGAAGGCUCCAAGGAAAGCGAAUUUCCUCCAGCCCAACAACAGUAAGCAGCAUGAGAUGAGAAUAUCCAAGUCCAUGGGUGACAUCAUGGGCUCCCUGUAUAAAGACGCUGAAAGGACGCGGAAAUAUUCAACAGGUUCCCUGCACACGGGCCGGAGUUCUCCACCCCCAGGGAGCGUUCCUGAAGAACAGCAGCAGAUUGCUCGGCAGGGCUCCUACACCAGUAUUAACAGUGAAGGGGAGUUCAUCCCUGAGACUAUGGACCAGAAUAUGCUUGAACCUUUCAUCAGCCCUGAUGAAUCACUCUCUGGGAGCUGCCAGUCCCUGGACAGAUCUAUAGACAGCCCGCCCUUUACACAAACCCCUGUUCCCAGAAGGAAGAGCCAACCCAAAGACAGUCUUGAUUGCCUGGAUUUCGAUAUCCCGUUUUGUGAGCGAUUUGGGAAAGGUGGGACCUUCCCCAGGCAAUAUCACCUUUCCCAGAGCCGCAAGGACUAUAGCGACGGCCGAAGGACUUUCCCAAGGAGUUACGUCCCUCAGGAGAAUCGGUUUCAGCUCAUCCCUUCCAGCAGAACAAAGAGCUUCAAUGGGGACAGCAAGCUCCUCACCUUACAGUACGAGGAACACAGGACCAAAUGGUGGAUUGACUGUGACAAGGGACUGCAGGUUUUCAGCACGUCCCCCAGCAAGUCCAGGAACUCCCUGCAGGCACCAGUGAACUGGAGGUUGGGGAAGCUCCUUGGCAGAGGGGCCUUUGGAGAGGUUUAUCUCUGCUACGAUGCAGACACCGGCAGGGAGCUGUCGGUGAAGCAGGUGCCCUUUGACCCAGACAGUCAAGAGACAAGCAAGGAGGUAAAUGCCUUAGAAUGUGAGAUCCAGCUGUUGAAGACCCUCCGCCAUGACAGGAUAGUCCAGUAUUACGGUUGCUUGAGGGACCCGGAGGAGAGGAAGUUGUCUAUCUUUGUGGAAUACAUGCCAGGGGGUUCCAUAAAGGAUCAAUUAAAAGCAUAUGGUGCUCUGACCGAGAAUGUCACCCGGAAGUACACCAGGCAGAUUCUGCAGGGAGUCUUCUACUUACACAGCAACAUGAUUGUCCACCGGGAUAUUAAAGGUGCCAACAUUUUGCGAGAUUCUGCUGGGAAUGUGAAACUAGGCGAUUUUGGAGCCAGCAAACGCAUCCAGACCAUCUGCAUGUCUGGAACUGGAAUUAAAUCUGUCACCGGAACACCAUACUGGAUGAGCCCAGAGGUGAUCAGUGGAGAAGGCUAUGGAAGGAAAGCUGAUGUGUGGAGCGUGGGCUGCACCGUGGUGGAGAUGUUAACAGAAAAGCCACCCUGGGCGGAAUUUGAAGCCAUGGCGGCCAUUUUCAAAAUUGCCACCCAGCCGACCAAGCCCCAGCUCCCUGAUGGCGUCUCGGACUCCUGUCGCAACUUCCUCAAGCAGAUCUUUGUGGAGGAGAAGCGAAGGCCCACAGCAGAAGACCUGUUGAGACAUCCAUUCAUGAACUGCAGCCUCUAGUCCCUUGCAGCGGGUUAGGGGAAAUGCAGGUGGAAAAUAAAAGGAUAUGGGGGGGGGGCGGGGUGUUUAAAAAACAGACCCACAGAGCUUUGCACUCUGAAAUGCAGACCUCAGUCUGGGUUGGGAUCCUUCACUCCUCAUUGUUAUCUAGGGGGCCAUUUGGGCUUUCCUUUCUCAGCUGCACUUAUGGUCAUCUGACUGUGGAGACAAGUGGCUGUUGCCACGCUUGGGGCUGGAGGGAGUUUGGAAUUGGGGAUCAUCCUCGGAACACAUCGGCAUCGAUGAUCGUGGCAAACUCAUCCGCCCCGUUAUUGAUUGGAUGCCUGGUAGUGGAGGAGCUUGGGAUAGUAACUGCCUUGCCUCAGAUGAAUGAUGUGAACAAACUCUGGCGCCCCCUGCUGGCCCUGAAAGCAGCACUGUCAACAUCCCACACGGAAGCCGUCUCCUCAGCAAAAGAGUAGGAUGCUGUGUAGCUGUGGAAGCCAUUUACAGCUUGACAGACACCAAGAGGGAUUCAGGUGUGAAGCAAAGGGAAACAAACCCGGGACCAAAGAAUGAUCGGCAUAGGUGUUUCGUUCACGUCAAAGGGGGAAAGCAAUCCUGUUGUGGGGUGGAGAUGGGAGGCAAAGUCCAUAGCAAUAUCUCCAGCUCUUCAGAGGGGUGGAUUAGGAUUGUUUUGUGCCUUAGGUGGUUAGAGUCAAGGAGUGAAAGCCUGAUUCAGCACAAGGUAUCCAGUCAAGGACGUGACUACAAUGCAGCCAUGCUGGGUUGGCGUUCUUGUACCUGUAAAAUAGUGCAAGUGCAAGGCAUUCUUCUCUGGAUACAAUAAGGUCCCUGUAGGUCAUUCACCAGUGAAGCUGGCCACAGAACCUCUGUGUGUUCGUUCAUUGUUCAGCGGAUAAGUGUGUCUAUAUGAUGCUGAUGCCAAUGGCACCCUCAGCUCAGCACAAGCUCGUUCUUCAGCACCUGAUCCUGUUCCCACUGAAACAGUGCAGGGUUUGUCACUGAUUUUAAUGGGAACAGAACAGGUGAGGGUGUAAGUAACUGUCUUCUCAUAUCCCUAGCUAUGCCAACCUGUGACCAGUUCCAAUGUGCUGCUAACGAAGGGUCCAGACUGCAGAGCGCCGAGUGCCUUCAGCUCUCUCCCUUCUAGGAUCAGGCCCUAGAUGAUGCUGCAGAGCAUCAAGGGUAGAAAAGCUGUGCAUGAGGUGGAAUUCACCCCAGCGCACAGGACUAGCACGAGGGCUGUGCACCUCUCAAGGCCUCAAAAGGGGACAUUGUGGGACUUCAUUGAUACAUAGACUCUGUGCAGGUGCUGUAUGCAGGGGCGAAGUUCAUCCUGAGGCCAGGUCUAGACUACAGACUGAUAUUAGUAUAACUACGUUGCACAGGGGUGUGAGAAAUCCAUGACCCUGUGAGAUGUAGUUAUACCGAUCUAACCUCCUCAUGUGGACGGCGGUAGGUCAAUGGGAGAGCUUCUCCGACCAGCAUAGCUAUGAGGUGGAUUAACUACGCCAACAGGACAAGCUCUCCUGUCGGCACAGUAGCAUCUGCACUAAAGUGCUGCAGUGGUGCAACUGCUUUGGGUUUUAUAGAAAUGUAAUGGGGAUCCGUACAAUGGACUCUGAAUGCUCCUAGAGCCUGAUUCUUAUCAGGAACAAAGUCCAGAGAAAUCAAUGAAGUUACACCAGAGUGACAUUGGUGGGAGAGCAGAAUCCUGUCCAUAGAAUUGAACAGAGAAUAUCAUUCUGGAGGCUUCUGCAGGAGGAAUUUAGGCCUUGAUUCUGCACCAGAGAAAUCAGGGAGAGUUGUGCUGUUUACUUUAAUGGGCAUGGGAUCAAGCCCAUAAUUCUCUGUUAAAUUCUGUCAGAUGGCUCAAAAAACCUUUAUUAUUUUUAUUAUUAUUAUUUAUUUAUUUGUAUUCCUAUAGCGCUCAGGAGCUCCACUCAUGGGUCAGGGUCCCAUUGUGCUAGGUGUUUUUAUCACUCUGUUAUAGUCAGUAGGACUUUCCAUGAAGAGAGUUCUAAGGGUUAUUAGGAAAAUGUAAAAAUGUUUUAAAUUAUUUUGAAUCUGACAAUUUCCCCAUUCACUGGCCUGAUUUUAAAAAAACAAACUGUCCUCAAUCACUUUUUUAAUUAAGAACAAAAUCUGACUCCCAGCCAAUCCAUCUGGAUUUGAUUCUCAGUCUCUGAGGGCCAGUGGGGUAAUGUUGACCAUAGGCGCUGAACGAUGAGCAACAUGAGGCCAUGCAUGGGUAGGGCUGAAAUGUGACCUACUUUUAAAGAUAUGUUGGCAAGGUUCAUGGAACUCCUUCUAGAGGCUGUUUCUAAACAAAUUCCUCCAUGUUUCCUUUCUACCUGCAAGUCCAUUCCAGGGCCCAGUGCUUUGACUGGCACUUUGCAGCCUGCCCUAAGUGGCAGCACAUGGCUGAGUUGCUCCAGAAGCAAUCACAAAUUGGUCCCGCCUUAAGAUGACCGUAUUUCUCAAAGGGAAAAUGGGACAUUGCAUGGGGAUAGACCCGAGACCUCCCCUCCCCCCCGACCCCCACCCCUCCCCACGUGAGGCUAGGGCUGGCGUUGAUGCUCACCCAAGUCCUGCCUCCCCCUGCAGCUGAUCAAGUUGACGAGCAAAUGGGACAAAUGCCCAUUUAUGUCCAAAAAAAAAAAAAGUCAGGAUGGCUGGGACCGGGCUUAAAAAAGGGUCUGUCCCGACCAAAACAGGACAUAUGGUCACCCUAUCACUCUUUGGCCCAUAAGGGAAGUGAGCCGUGCCAGCCCUUUUCCUGGCACAGUUGCCUUCCCCCUCCAUGUUGGCUCAGUAGUGUUUCAGGGAGUGGAGUCAAGUCUCUGCCCAGCUGUGUGCGAGUGGGAGGAGCAGCCUCUCAGCAACUCCUCUGCAGGGAUGUAAGGAGGCAUCUGCCACACAUAUAUUUACCUGCAUGGGUGCAUGGAUCAGCUCGACUGAGCCCUAUGAGAACAAAGCUGGGUGCACAUCCAAGAAGGGGAUGACAGACCCCUCGUUCCACUGCAGGCUGCUGAAAGGCUUAUUAUAAAUAGUGAGGGGGAAGAGAGAGCUUUUAAAACAUUAAGAAGAACUAUCCUGACAGUAGCCAAAUUGUGCAGGUUCGCCCAGCUUCUACUGAGAUAGAUCCCUAGGAUUGGAGGGCAGUUUUCUCUCCCGCCCUCCUUAAAUGAUGUUGCGUGGGCGAAACAUCUGACUGUGAUGCCAUAGGGAAACCUGAUCUUGCCUCUUUGUUUGAUUUUUGCAGUCACUAGGCUGUGUCAUCCUGGGGCUGGCAGGGUUUCAGAUGUAGGAAUGCCAGUGGGCUCGAUCCUACAGGCCUUGUGCAAACAGAAACUGCCAGUAACUUCCCUAGGAGCGAUGUAUGCAAGGGCCUGAUCUUGGAUCUCUUAUGCAGUGCUGCCCUGAGGUUUAGUUCUGGAAGUGGAGAAGCUAUCUAACUCUAAAUGCAGCUAUGUCAUGUAAGGCAACACCCCCAAGGGGCAAACUCCGCCCCCUGUACAGAGGGAGAGCACAGAAGCAUUCUCACCACUUCACUCCAUGAAGGGUUUAUGUGGUGCAUGGCCCUGCACAGGAGUGAAUUUCACCUGAGUGCCCUUCCUGAAGCAUGCACAGCCCUGGUCCUUGGGACCUUCCUCUGCCUUCCCUUCUGUGGGUGUGGGUGUGUGUGAAAUCACUCCUCAAGUGCCUUUGUCUGCAGUGUUUUGCUGUAUAAAAUAGAAUGAGGGAAAGAAUGUAAUAUGAUUCCAUGUAUAUUUUUUUUACAGGUAGGGUAUUGGAAAGUACAUUCAUCUAAUGUAUAGUAGAAGCACUUUGCUUACAUCAAAUCUUGCUGCUGCUUUUUUUUGCAUUAUUAUCAAUACUGUAUCAUGUAUAUGUAUUGUAAUUUUUUUCCUUAUCUAGGGAAAAGGCUCAAGUGUGAUAUUGUAUAUCAUCAGACUUUAUAUUGUAGCCUAUAAAUCUGUAUAAUUCCUUCACACCAGGCCAAAUAUCAUUUGCCAAUUUAGUCAAAUUGUACAUAAGAAAACAGAGUUUGGGAUAUAGAAAGCUGACUCGUGGAGGGUAAGAUUGAGGCCCUAAUUGGAACCAGAGGCCUUGUAUGAUUCAGCCUGCAGAGACAGCUAUAUUUUUUUUUAUUUUUGAAAAAAAAGCUUUAUGAGAGACUAUUUAAGCCAAUGAUUACUGGCUUUUGCUAGAAAUAAUGUAUUUGUUAAGGUCUGAACUUGAAAUUUGUAUACAUCACUCUGUCCAGUGCUUGGCCAUUCCUGCAGUAUGGUAUGUCCUACCUUGCCCUAUAUGUACUGGUCCAGUUAGGGUUAUUGGAUGGGCAGGUCAUGAUCAAACUGGAGCUGGGAGACUAGUCCUUACUUGAAAAGAAAGCAUCAUGCAGGGUGGAGUUUGGGAAUAGGAGAUUGUACUGUCCAUACAAGGACCAGAACUGAGACACUGUAACUACACCUGUUUAAAUGUGGUGGGAGCAAAUCUUGUUCUCCAUUAUGCUGCUGUGAAUCCAGUCAGAUGCUUCAUAACUGAACUGAAUGUGGCCCAUUUACUCUAGACUCUUUGUUCUAUAUCUGCCUGCUUCAGUGGAUGUAUUUUCCAAACCAGCCCCUCUUCAAGGGCUACAAACUGACUUUAGAAACAGCCCUGAGCAAAGGCUGGUUCCUAAACUUCAUGCCCCCAGCAGUAGCUCCAGGAGGCAAGGUGUCUCAGAGACACACUUCUGAGUCCCAGUUCCUCCCCUGCUUGCUCCUAGCUGGCAGUGAUUUCUGUGGGCACACACCUACAAUAAAGGACUGAACACAACCCUCUACCCAUGCUGGUGUGGCUACUCUGGCCAGAAUAAUGGAAGAAGGGGAGUCAAGACUCAGCCCCUUUCCCUGCCCACCUGUUCCAGGAAGGGAGUAAGCAGGUGAAUCAGACCACUCAAUCUUACUGCUGGCAACUCCGAUGGAACAGCGAUGGUUUAUUCACUGGAAACGACACAUCAUGGAUUUUUAUAAUCCCAGUCAAUGCAACAGAGUUCUUCUUCCUUAUGCAGUGGGCUAGGCCCUGAUUCUGUAAAUAUAAUGACCCCUCCACAUGGGCCAUCGUUCACUGGUAAAUGCAUGACUUGCUGCUGCCUGAGCUGAAGUACUAACUCUAUUAGCAGUCAGCUGUAGUAGACUUUCAUCUCCUUUUGUGCACCAGCCACUAGAGCAGUGGUUCUCAAACUUUUGACCCCUUUCACAGAGUAAGCCUCUGAAUGCGACCCCCUCUAAUAAAUUAAAAACACUUUUAUAUAUAUUUAACACCAUUAUAAAUGCAGGAGGCAAAGCGGGGUGGGGUGGAGGCUGACAGCUUGUGACCCCCCCCAUAUAAUAACUUCGCAACCCCCUGAGGGGUCCCGACCCUCAGUUUGAGAACCCCUGCGCUAGAGGGAGACAAAGACCCACACUCUCCACAUGUGGGGUACUCACUCCUGCUACACAGUUCCCAAAUCAGCAAAACAGAAACUACUCGUGGUUUAUGUUAAGUACAUGCUUACAUGCUUCGUUGAAUUGGCUCCAUGAGUAACUUUACACAUGUAAAUAAUCCUAUUAAAUAAGACCACUCGUGCCUAAAGUUACUCACAUUUUUAAGUGUUUCAGGAUUGGGGCCAGUGUUAGAAAGCAAAUGCUUCAGGAGGCCAAGUGAUGUAAUGAAACACAUUUGCAAUUUCCUGCCUUUUUGUUAGUCUGAUCAAAGCUGCUGUCACUGGUAUAACACUCUUGGCUGGAAACAUAGAUACUCACUAUAGUAUCAGUACAUCAAGUGUCUUAAAAUCAUUUCUACUUCGGAAGAAUUAGCCUGUAUGAAACAGAAGAUAAUACUGCAGGUUUGGAAAGCAGGACACCUUGUCGAAUGUACUUUGUAAAAUGCUGUAAAUGCUUUUUCCCCCCCACACAUGAAAUUAAAUAUUUUUUAACUUUG